AUGGCGUUCAAAUGGCAGAAUUUAUCGCCGGCAGAAUUCCAUCAGCUUCAGGAAUACACUUCAUAUUCCAAUAAGAAGUUGAAAGAUGUGUUGUCCAAAUACAAUCCAGAGGAGCCUAUUGACUAUGAAGGCUUCAAACAGUUCAUGGAAACAUACCUUGAGGUGGAUGACAUCCCAAAAGAACUCUGCGAACAUCUAUUUUUAUCUUUCCUGAAACGACCAUCUGGCCCCCCUCAGAAAUCUUUGACUCUGGGUAAGGAAGGCAGUUAUAAUGUGCGUGAUGUGGCCGCUAUGGCCUCACAAACUGUUAGUGCUCCUAUUAUACAGGCUCAGCUACAGGAGAUCUCUGACAAGCAGGAAAGUAAACCACGCCUUGUAGAAAAAAUUCAAGGAUUGACAGAGAAGCUUGGCCGUGCCGGUCAUGCUCGCCAUGAUAGUAGUGGUGGAGAGGCUGCUAAACGCGGCCGUGCAGAUAGCAGUGAUCCGUGGAUCCGCCAGUCCAAGUCUUCUCUACUGAAUACCAAUGAUAUAAAACGUCGGAAUAGCUUAGACAUAAAAAAUGGCAGUAUCUAUCUAAAGGAUUUAGUAUGUUACCUCUCGUUAUUGGAGGCUGGGAGACCAGAGGAUAAAUUAGAAUUCAUGUUUAGAUUGUAUGAUACAGAUGACAAUCUACUACUUGAGGGUAGUGAGCUGGAUUGUAUUGUGCAGCAAAUGAUGACUGUCGCAGAGUACCUUGGUUGGGAUGUCUCCGAGCUUAAACCUAUAUUACAAGACAUGAUGCGUGAGAUAGAUUAUGAUGAAGAUGGAACUGUUUCCCUGGAGGAAUGGAAGCGUGGAGGUCUUACAACAAUACCUCUCCUGGUUCUACUGGGUCUAGACACAAAUGUGAAAGAUGACGGGACCCACUCUUGGCGUCUCAAACACUAUAACAAACCUGCCUACUGCAAUCUCUGCCUUAACAUGCUAGUGGGACUAGGAAAACAAGGCCUUAGUUGCAUAUUUUGCAAAUAUACAGUACACGAGAGGUGUGUCCACAGAGCCCCUGCUUGUUGUAUAACCACAUAUGUAAAGUCAAAGAAAGGUUUAAAUAACAUGCAGCAUCACUGGGUUGAGGGGAACAGCCCUGGCAAGUGUGACAAAUGUAGAAAAUCAAUAAAAACCUACAAUGGCGUGACUGGUCUUCAUUGCCGCUGGUGCCAUCUAAAUCUCCACAAUAAAUGUGCAUCACAAGUAAAACCUGAAUGUGACUUUGGUGAAUUUAGAGAUCACAUCCUUCCCCCCAAUGCGAUAUGUCCAGCUGUCCUAGAACGUAAGAGCACAAUGAAUUCUAGUAAAAAAAGUAACGAGGGUGAAAAUUCUGGAAGUGGCGGCCUGCAGGGCCAGAGUUCAUUUCAGAUCACCCCGAUGAAUGAUACCUCACCUCUUCUCGUCUUUAUCAACCCAAAGAGUGGAGGGAAACAAGGUGCCAGGAUAUUAAGAAAGUUUCAGUAUUUACUCAACCCAAGGCAGGUUUAUGAUCUGAUCAAAAAUGGAGGACCUCAACCAGCGUUGCAGUUUUUCAAAGACGUGCCAAAUUUCCGAAUUCUUGUUUGCGGAGGAGAUGGAACAGUCGGGUGGUUACUUGAAGCCAUGGAUAAGGUGACCUUUGUAAAUCGUCCGCCAGUGGCAGUUCUACCUCUUGGGACGGGUAAUGACCUGGCACGAUGUCUCAACUGGGGAGGAGGUUAUGAGGGAGAAAAUCUGAACAAAUAUUUACACAGAAUAAAGAGUGGUAACCAAGUCCAGCUGGAUCGCUGGCAGAUAGAGUUUAGUACGCCAGAUACUGUAGAACAAGGGGAUCCAGUUCCUUGUAACAUUAUCAAUAAUUAUUUCUCUAUUGGGGUGGACGCGUCCAUCGCACAUAGGUUUCAUAUGAUGCGGGAAAAACAUCCCGAGAAAUUCAAUAGCAGAAUGAAGAAUAAGUUAUGGUACUUUGAGUUUGGAACUUCAGAGACAUUUUCUGCAACCUGUAAAAAGAUCCACGAGUCUAUUGAUAUCAUGUGUGAUGGCUAUUCACUAGAUCUAGCCAAUGGUCCAACAUUAGAGGGUAUAGCCUUGCUAAACAUACCUAGCAUAUAUGGUGGGACAGAUCUCUGGGGAGAUAACCCAAGCCAGAAAAAAAGGAAUAAGAAAUCACCCAAAAAGGACAAGGAUCGUGAAUAUUCCACAAGUAGCAUGUCAUCAGUUGAUCUCAGUAUGGCAGUACAAGAUAUUGGUGACCAGUUGAUAGAGGUUGUGGGGCUGGAGAGUGCAAUGCAUGCAGCCCAAGUGAAGACAGGAAUGAGAAGCUCAGGGAAGAGGCUUGCACAAUGUUCACAAGUUGUAAUCAGGACCAGAAAAAGAUUGCCCAUGCAAAUAGAUGGGGAACCAUGGAUGCAGCCUCCAUGUACUAUUUCCAUCACACAUAAAAACAAGGUACCAAUGGUAAUGGCCCUGCCAUCAAACAAAAAGAACUCAUUAUUCAACUUCUUCAGACAUUGACAGAGGUAGAAGAUAGACAUGGCGCAUUGUAAUAUAGUCUCAUUAUUUCCAUCUACAUAUGAGAAACACUACAUAUACUAGUCACUUGUUAAUGUACAGUACCAGUUAAAAGGGGCCUGAAGCAUAAUACAAUAUUCAACAUUCACCGAUCCAAUCUAAAUAACGGAGCCUGAGAUUUAAGGAAUUCCCUUAAUUGGUCUUUUUACUCUGGAACCCACAGUUGAAGGAAAUCCAUCUCAUGAUUAAUGGAGCUUUUCAAAGUGGAACCCAUGAUUAAAGGAAUUCCAUCUUAGAAUCAAUGGAACCUUUCAAGGUGAACAACUCAUCAUGAACAUAGCUAGAAACAAAGAAAAGGAUGUAGACUAAAAUAUGGUCCCAGCUUGUAGGCUCAACAGCAUAAUGCCAGUUAAAGAGAUUCAUAAGCUACAGUGCACUGUACUGCCUUAUACUUAAGAUCAUAACCUUUAGACAAAUCACAAUAUGGGAUAAUUUUCCAAAAAUGUUUAAAAUAUGUUUCAGUUAGAAAGUUUUGGUUAUCAGUAGAAUAAUGAAUUUCAUAAUGGUGGAAGAACAACAUGGCUUUUAUAAUGUUAUAAUGUAAUGUAAAUAUCAUUAUACCUUUAUACUUUUAAAAUUUUUUGCAGAUGUACAAUGUAUCACUGAAGAAAGAGAUUUCCUCCAAAUUCCUGUUUUUAAAAUAUUCAACUGCAUAUCUUAUACUGAGUGAAGUUACUAGUUUGUAGUUACAUGUCUUUCUUUUGUAACUUCAAUUCCAUUCGAUUUAAUCGAUUUUAACAUUAAACUUAUAAUUGACGGCCUCCAUUAUGUCUUCAACUUAAUAUCCAAGAAAUGUAUUGCAAAAUUACACAAGUACAUGAUUAUAUCUGUCAUAGUUCAUCUAAAGUGUGUCUCUUAAAAUUAAUAAGUAAACAUGUAUGUUCAUAAAGCACAUUUAAGGACUCCUCGCUUAACAGUUAACAUUGCAUUUUAAAGAUAAAAACGCCUCAAUAUGUAAGCAUCAGCUUGAAACAUGUUAUGUUUUGUAGUGUAAAUUUUACUGUGAACAUGUCUCCAACAAUACAUUUCAGCAUGAAACAUGUCUCCUAUAGUACAUUUUGAUAUAAACAUGUCUCCUACAGUACAUUUUGAUAUAAACAUGUCUCCUACAGAACAUUUC